AUGGCCGCUCGCGGUCGCCGGGCUUCGCCUUGCGGGGCCGGUGGUGACCUGGCCCUCGCUCGGGUCGGGACGUCCAACUUGGCCGCCAGCCGCGGCCUGGUCCCUUAUAUUUAUCAGCUUCGGGGGUCGGGUCCUCCAAUGAGUCUCCGAGGCAGCGCGGCCCCUCCCAGUCUCCGUGGAUCCGCUCCCCGCGCCCGCACCUCCUCCCCGCUCCGACCUGCAGGGGUGGGCGGGAGGGCAGGGGGCAGGGCCUCUCCCCGAGCCCGCCCCGGCCCGCCUUUCCCAGGGCCCGCCCGUCCCGAUCGGGCCGCAGGUGCAGCGCUGUGCGCGGGUGCGCUCCAGCCCCCGCCAACCACCCCGCAAGGGAAACCCGAGCCCUGGCGCGAGAGGUCACCGCGAACCCCCAGUCCGCCAGGGCCCCCGGACUUGCACGUGACCCGGGAGCUUGCCAGGGUACCAGGGGAUGUGGGCUGGGGGUUCGGGCCGCCCGUCCCCGGCGAGGACCAGGGUGGCGGCGCCGUGCCUGCUCUCUUACCCCGGCGGGCGCACAGAAACUGCCGACGCUCGCACGAAACACGCGAGGCCCCAGAGCUAACCCCGCGCGGGCGGACGGAGAAGGGCGACCUCUCAAUAACCCAGACAACUUUCAUCGGAGCACGUUUUGGGCCCGAACAGAUUGCUGGGAUUUCCUCCCUCCGGCCGCCAGGCCCGCGCGCCCGGCUAGAGCCAAAGGCCCGAGGCGAGCGGCGCAGGCCUGGAACGCGGGUCUCUGUUGGGAAGAGAAGGCCGGGCCGAGGCGGAGAGGCAGGCUGCCUGGCGCGGGGCACUCAGCCAGAGGGAGGCGGUUUGCAGCGUAUCCGCCCGGUGGCGGAUUUCCCUGCCCGGGGAAGCCGAGGCCAUUUCCAGUGUCGGCCAGAAAAUCUUCCAGACAAGCGCGGGCAGGGAGCUUCUGGUGGGGAGCGCAGGCCGCGCCGGCCUCGGGAGGGGAGGGGAGCUCUCAGGAGGGACAGAGGGUCCCACAGGAGCUUGAGAGGCCGCGGAAGACCUCGACCCUUUCUGGCACUUCGGCGACCGCAGCUCCAGGGCCGGACGGUGCUCUGCAGAAAGGCCUGCAGCGGACAGCGGCUCUUCCGGCUGUGGGCGACCCCCUCGGAUCGCGCCCAGGGUCGCGCAGGGUCUGGCUGGGGAGCUGGCCGGGGAGCUGGGUGCACGGGGCAGGCAGGCUUGGGGCGGGGCAGAGAGAAUGCGGGCAGUAAGCCAGGUUUCCAGUUGUUUGAUUUCUUUCCUUUCUUUCGUUUGGACCGCGCCUGGGCCUGGGCGGUCAGGAACCCACCUGCUGGGGCGGCCCGGCCCAGAGCGCGGGAGCCGCCUUCGCCCCGGAACCAGGCUGGCUCGCUCGCGCUCGCUCCGCUCCUUCAUUCCUUCAUCUCUUGCACGCUCGCGUGUAUUCACGUGGGCAACUGUGUGCGAGUGAGCACACCCUCCUGCGAGCGGCGUCAGGGGACCUCGCUCAGGACACUGCCAGCAUCAGUCGUUCAGAGCCCCGCGGGCCCUAGGCGCCCGAGGCAUUUCGUCGCCUGCUUUGCCGCCGCUGGGGAACCAUGGCCGGUUGUGGGUUCAGUAGAGACUGGACCCGGGGUCGAGGAUCGGGUAGUGAAUCGUCAAGCGCGGCCCCUGGGCCACCGAACGCCAGGACUGCAUCGCCCAGUCCUGGCUGGGCUCCGCGGGCACCAGAGAGCGGGGUGGAAGAGGCGGAUCGCGUGUGGCGACACAGGGCGCAGCGGACCCCGCUCGAGCACCCGCCCUGGACCUGUGGGCGCGCAGACGGAGAGGCGAGGAGAGGAACUCCGGGUGUGAACUCAGAAACACCCAAAUUGGAGUUUGCGGCGUCUGACCCCAGCCUCACUCUACCUGUGAAAUGAGAACAGUGCUGCUGGGCUCAUGCAGCAUUUCUGAGAACUCCUAUAUUUUAAUGGAGUGUUAAACAACUGAAAACAUUUUAAAGGUCAAGGAGUUUUCCUUAUCUGUUUUAAAGAGAGUUUCAGCAUCUCUGGGGGGGGAAGAGGAGGAGGAGGGGAGGGGGGAGCCGGAGGUCCCCACCCACUGGAGGCCCUGACCUCCGCUGUCACCAAGCAUGGCCAGGCAGAGGGACAUGUCCAAGGCGGAGGCCAAGGUGCUCGCCUGCUCUGGAGGCAGCAGCAGCCCACAACAGUGUGGUGCAAAUGUCAUGCUGCUCUUUAUCCCUUGCACCUGGCUGGAGGUGCAAAUCAUGUCACCAUCUUUGCUCACCCGGAACUGCGUGCACGUGACUGACAGUCUGAGAAGCACCUUGCUGACAGCUGGGUCAUCCCUGUGUCCACAGGACCCUCUGUGAAGUGGGCAGCCCGAGUCUGGGCCUGAGUCUUUUCCCAGAUGGAGUAGGAAGCAGAGCCCAAAGAUGCAUCUCUGGCCCGCAAGCCUGUGCCACCUGGUCCUUGUGCACCAGAGGAGGGGCUUCCCCAAGGCUGUGUGGUCCCCUUGGCCUCCACCCUGUCCAGUCUGACCUCUGCAAGUCCAGCAGACCUUCUCAUCGCAUGCUUGGAGCUCAGGCAUGUCCAGGACAACUGAAAGGCAAGUGGGCAAACCCUGGCCAGGGCUGGGGUGCAGCCCAGAGCCAGGGACCUGGCCAGGCCCCUCCCCAUCCCCUGAGGCCCCACUUGUGGCUGGUCCAGCAACCAGCCUCGUGCAUUUCCUACAAGUUGCUGCACUCAAAAUUCCUCAUUUCUAACCCACAGAAAUCUCUUCAGUCAUUUAGGAGAAAUCCACCAACGUUCCUAAUUUAGAAUAACUUUCUGAGGGGUGAAAACAAACAGCAGGGAUUUAAGAUAUACCUGCAGGCUGAACCUAGCUGAGCAAAGCAGCAGAAUGCAGACACCUGGACAGAGUUUCUCCCAGGCCUUGGGGACUGUAGCUCUUUCACGUGGAGGGUGUUUUCAGACUAGCUUGCUCGUGGCUGUGGGUGUAACAUCAAAGCCCUUUUGUAAGAGCGGAUUAACAGCAACACAAUACUAAGGUACAACCCCCCCCCACCAAGUUUUCUUGGGGUUCCUGGGAUCAGCCCCCACCCCGCCUGGCAGUUUCCUGUCACCUGGGUGGCUGUGCAGAAUCCCUGUCUCCAGUCCCACCUGUUACACCAGCUGUGCGAGCUUCAGCAAGAUACUUAGCCGGGCCCAGAGCCUCGCUGUGGCCCCGAGAGCUGGAGGACGAGGGGUCCACGCUCUGUGCACCCUCUGGGUGGCGCCGAGACACUACAGCCCUUGUGAGAGUGUCCACUUCUCCCCAGCGCCGCAGGCUGGAGAGUUCCCAGUCAAGAACAGACUUUUUCUCCCUUAAUUCUCUUCACCUCCACUCCGAACACUGUCCGGCCUCUGAAAGAGAGCACUUGUGCCAGACCACUGCACAGAAGUGAUCUUUCUUAGGUCACAACUAUGAACUCCCAAAUUUCGAUGGAAAAUCAACAAAUUUCAAGAAAAACUAAUGAUUGGUUCAAAGGAAUGUAUUUCUUUCUCUUUGUUUUUUAUUCUACUGCUUCUUCCAAAAUGCCUAGAGGAAGAUGGGAAGGAGUGGGACCCACCCACAACAGUGCAGCCACCAGCCUGGAGAAUCUGCCUAGGUCCUGCGCCCUCGGGGGCUCCUGGCCAGGUGUGAGAGGCGGAGGGGGCUGUGAGACAGCCUGGGAAUCUCAUAUUGAAUUUAAGAAAAACAAAACAAAACAAAACAGACAAUAGUAUUAGUUUGAAAUCCACCCAUUAAAGCAAUCUUAAGCUGAGAGGCUGAGGACACUUGUUUGUUUAGCUUAAGAGACUGCUUUAAUGGGUGGAUUUCAACCCGCUAUUAUGUUGGGUGUCUUAAACAAAAUGCCAAGACCAUAGCAUAGCACAGCGGGCCUGCAGAAGCUCACAGGAGACCCGGAGGCUCCGCACAAGCAGUGCUCUGGUCAGGAAAUAAAACACACGCAGCCCGGCUGCUCUGAGGCUCCCUGUCACUAAACUAAGUUUCCUUGAAGCAGCCACUGAGUAGCAGUCCAUUAAAAAGCAGUUACUACUAAAAAUCUGAGGGAUAGUAAGGCCAGCAGAUCGAGUGGGAAAGAGUAUGUUAACAUUUCUUGGGGGGAACGUGGGGUGUGGGGUCAGCAGGAGGCAGAGGGAGAAGGGCUAACUGUGGGCAGGAGCCUUUGCCACAGAGGAAGGGAUGGUCAGGCAGGGUGAGCAGGUUUAGGUUGCCUGGAGGGAAGAUCCCAACAGGCUCUGGGGUGCAGGGCCUGGCCCGAGCCCUCUGGCACCCGGGCCUGGAGAUAGGGCAGGGGAUGGCGACCAGGAGUGUAAGAGACCUUCAGAGGAGGCCGCUGAGUUGGCUCAGGACUCUGGGUCUGCACACGAAAGACAGGCUCCUGGGUGAGUUCUGUGGUCCCCGCAGGACUUGGCUAACUCUGGGAGACACAGUCCCUCAAGGGUCUGCAAAGCCCCAGCAAUCAAAGAAUCCGGAUAUAGAAAACACAGGGCGUGAUGAAUAUGCAUCCAUCUUUGCCACUCCAGAACCUAAAAUAAUGCUUUGCACAUAGUGGGCACUCAACAAAGAGGAAAAGAUGGAAAGAAAAAAGGAAAGGAAGAAGGAAGAGGGAAGCACCUGUUGGCUAGUUGGGUCGUAAGAGGGCUGCUUUUGAUAGCCUUAUUCCCACAAACUCUGCAGUAAGCUGCCCAGAGCAGAUCGAGGAGGGGUGAGGGGUGGGCAGGGCAGGGCAGGGUGGGGAAUGCUGGGAACCAAACCUGGAUCUCCCGCUUGCAAGGCAAGCACUGGACUGCUGAGCUGCACCCCAGGCUGGAUAAAUGGCUUCUUAUUUCGGCCCAUUUGCCGGUGUGAAGAGACUGUGCGUCAGCUCCCAGAUUCAUAUUCAGAAAGCUGGCUUUACAUCUGCCUGAAUUCAUCUCUGAACCAUUCGCGCCACAAUUCCGCCAGCACUCCAGUUCUUUAUUGCUACCUGGUACAAGCAACCACCCAGACCGGGUGGUAUAAAUGACUCUGUGGGUCAGGAGCUUGGAGCGUGCAUAGGGAAGAGGGCUUGUCCCUGCUUCCUGAUGUCUGAAGUCUCAGCUGAGAAGACAGGAACAACUAGAAGUCACUUGGGCGGCCAGAAGACAAGCACUGUCCAUCUGGCUUUGCCUUCCUUCUAUUACAGUGGCUUUAGAGGACAUGUCAACUCGUGGCUCCAAGAAUAACACAAAAGUUGCAUAGCCUUUUAGGACAGGCUCAGAAGGCAAACAACAUCACCUCUGACCAACUUGAUCAAAGGAAGCUCAACAGUUUGGCAAAUUUAGAAGGGAACACGAAUGCCAACCCUCAAUAAAGACAGUGUCAAAGAGUUGCGUCCAUGUUUUUAAACCACCUUGUAGCUGGGCCUGGUGCACACACCUGUAAUUCCAGCACUCUGGGAGCCUGAGGUGGGAGGAAUGCAAGUGUAAGCCCAGUUGGGGCAACAUAGUGAGACCCUGGCUCAAAACAAAAAAAUAAAAAAGGGGUAUGGCUGUGGCUCAGUGCAAAGAUCCUGGGUUUGAUCCCUCCCACUCCAAACAAAGCAAAACAACCCCUCUUGUGAGUGUGGGACAGUGGAGGGGAGCACACCAGAGGUGCGCAGCUCGUGAGGCAGCUAAGUAUCUCACAGUAAUCUCUCCCAGCCCAAGGUCAACGUCACAGCAAAGCAGUGUAUCGCCCUCUUCUUCACGCCUUCCUACCUCUCAAAGCAAUUUUACUUCUUUGCAAUUUUUCUCAAAGUUUUUCCAAAACCCCUCAUGGAAACAGGAUAAGAGUCAUUUCAUUUUAAGAUGGAGAAUGUGAGGCCUACGAUGUGUUCCGGGCCAGCAAGCAAUUUAAAGGACAGAGCUGGAUCUGGACACUGUAUGUGAACAGCAGCUUCCUGAGUUAUGGACCUACGUGUGGAACUCAAAUGUAUAGGUCUUUCUUAAGGAGGCUGUUGGGGGCGUUCUAAAAGAAUCUAGGUGCAGGUGGAGAAAGUGCUUCCUGUGUGCUUUCUCUGCUGGCUUGUGACAGGAGGCGUCGCCUGUACACUGAUACGAGAUGGAGACACAACACAGUGUGGAGGGACACUCAUGGCUGUCUUGUCCACCCGUGCGAAGGUGAUGCUAAGGUGCUCUUCAUAUGUCCUUUCGUUCAUCUUCCUCUACCCUGGCAAGGGACUCGCAUUGCUCUCACUUGCAGAUGAUAACCAAAUGCAGCUAGUGAGUGACAGGCAGAGCUGGGAAGGCGCCUCAGGCCGAGGCCCCGUCCUGGACAUAGCUCAUUGUUUAAUUCUCCACAGGACUGAGGGCCUGAAUGAAACGAGAUUGGGUCCAAACAAACAAUACCCCGUGUAAGAAAGGAACCCUUAAAUUAUAAAGACUUCUCUCCUGCCCAUAAUCAUAUUUACCCUCCUACCUUAAAGAACUACAAUCCUGGACAAGAUCUGUCGAAUAGGUUUUCAGACAGUGCACUCCAGGCAGUAGGGGAGCAAUCCAGAAGACUAACGCCCCUGGGGAGCCCCACAAGCACCCUGCACAGGAGGGGUCCAGGGCUGGGCCCACCCAGAGGCCAGGGUCUUCCUGGGCUGAGAGGCCGAGUUCCUAGUUCAGGGAGGACGAUGCGAGGAGCAGAGAGUGCACAGAGGGCAGGUGUCAGAGAGCUGGAGCAGGUCUCCUGGAGCCCCUGGCUGAGCCCUGCUCUGCACACAAGUGGGAGGAAAAGAAUAAGGCCAUGGAGGAAAACCACUGGGAAAAGCAGGCAGGACAGGAUGGUCUCCUGACAGGAGUUUUUGUUCCCUCAGACGGGGUGGAAAGGCCUCCUGCCAGGUGGACAUCAGGCAGCGUCCUCAGAAGAUGACUGCUGGAUGGAAAAAACAAAGCCAAACACAGAACCACACGACCCACAAUGGGGAAAAUCAAUCAACAAACAACAGGGAUGAUGUGACUAGCGGUAACACUGAAAGAGCUGUUUAAAUCUACUUCAUGUGUUCAAGUGGGAGGAAAACAAUAAUACGAUGAAGGGAGCAAUGAAAGAUCCAAGAAGGACUCAAAAACUUGUAAGAUGGAAUACAUAAUAUUUGAAAUACAAAAUACAUGAUACAGAAUUAGCAGUAAGGGCUGGGGCUGUAGCUCAGUGGCGCCACGCCUGACUGCCAAGCACAGGGUCAUGAGUUCGAUUCCUGGUACCAGAAAAGAAAAGAAACAAAAACCCAAUUUCCCAGAAUUACCAGUAGAUGACGUAUUGCUGAAGAAAACGUUAGUAAACAUGAGACAUGACAUAUAAGCUCUCCUAAAUGAAAAGCGGAGAGAAAGAUUAACAAAUAAGAAGCAAAAACCUGUGAGUCAAUACCAAGCGGCCUAACUUAAAAGUAAUUAAAGUAGAUUUAGAAAAUAUAUUUGAAAAAUAAUGGCUGGAGAUUUUCCAAAUUUAAUGGAAACAAUAAGCCCACAGAUUCAAAAAAAGCCCAGCAAUCUUUAAGUAGAAGAAGCACAAGGAAAACACACAAGGCACAUCAUAAACAGAUUUCUGAAACCCUUAAAAACAACUAGAGGAAAAAGGAAACACUACACACAAAGGAACAAAAAUAAGAAUUAUACUAGACUUAGUGCCUGCAACUAUGUAAUCCAGAAGACAAUGGAACAACAUUUUCAAAAGUACUGAAAGAAACAUUUAAAAAUAGUCAAGCUAGGAUUCCGAACUCAGGCCGACUGGGUGCUUCAUAAGGAAGAGGUUUAUUUUGUCUCGGGAUUCGAAGGUUCAGAGUCCACACCCAUGCGGCACCCUCUGGGGGGCCUCCUGCUACGUCGUAACAGGGCAGAUGGCAGAGGCGUCACAGCAGAGGCCCACGCGAGAGUGGUGAGUGACAGUGGCAGAGGAAGCCAAACACGUGGAGUGGCCUGGGUUUAACCAACCAGCUCUUGGAGUAACUAAUUCAGUCCUGCGAGAGCUGACCCACUCCCAGAAGACAUGCACUAGUCACCUGCAGGCGUGGUGCCCCCAACACCCAAAUAUCUCCCACCAGGCCCCACCUCUUAAAGGGUCCACCUCUCGCUGCCUUCACACCGGGGGUCAGGCUUCCCACUCAUGCAACACUGGGGAAGGCACCAUAAGCAAACCAUAGCACCCACCAACAUUAUCUUCUAAGAGGAAGGUAAGACUUCCACAAAGGAAAGUGGAUUCUCCAACAGAUCAGCAGCAUACUAAAUGUUGAAGGAAGUCCCAUAGGCAAAGGAUUGUGGGGCCAGAUGGAAAUGUGGGUCCACGUAAAGCAAAGGCAAUGUAUGGGUAAACAGGAGAGCUUUCCCCAUGAUUGAAACUCUCAUUGAAAGUUAAAUGAUUGUCUCAAGCAAAAAUAAUAAUGUAUUGUGGAAUUUAUAGCAAUACAGAAGUAAAAUGUGAUGAUGACAAGAGCACAAAGACUAUGAGGAGGGAAAUGAAAAUAAACUGUUGUAAGGCUUUUGAAUGAUGCAUAUCUGUGAAAUGCGUAACCACUUGAUGGUAGACCAUGAUAGAAGAUGUGUUUUGUAAACUCCAGAGCAACCACUUACAAAGAGCUAACAAUGCAAUUAAUGCAGACAAAGUUGAAUCAUAAAAUUUAA